CAUCUAGAACUGGGUUGAAUUCUCCUCCAUCACAAUGAGCAACAAAUUCUUGGGCACCUGGAAACUUGUCUCCAGUGAGCACUUUGAUGAUUACAUGAAAGCUCUGGGUGUGGGGUUAGCCACCAGAAAACUGGGAAAUUUGGCCAAACCCCGUGUGAUCAUCAGCAAGAAAGGGGAUAUUAUAACUAUAAGGACUGAGAGUACAUUUAAAAAUACAGAGAUCUCCUUUAAGUUAGGUCAGGAAUUUGAAGAAACCACAGCCGACAACAGGAAAACAAAGAGCGUCGUGACCUUGUCAAGAGGCUCAUUGAAUCAAGUGCAGAAAUGGGAUGGCAAAGAGACAACAAUAAAAAGAAAGCUGGUGGAUGGGAAAAUGGUAGUGGAAUGUAAAAUGAAGGGCGUGGUCUGCACCAGAAUUUAUGAGAAGGUCUGAGAAAAUCAUUUCCUCAUUGAAGUGAUAUUUGAUCAUUUUAUGUUGGAAAUCAACGGUUUUCACUGGCAAGGCCCCAACUGCUCUGCAAUUUGUUUCUCUGUUUUUGCUUUUGUCUUAAUAGAUGAGAUAGGUAAAGGCCUAAAGUGAGGAUUAAUCUAAAAUUCAGUGUUGUUUAAACAUUUUCAAUUUGCAUGCAUUUCCUUACUGUAUUAAAGUAUGUAUAUUGGCCACAGCUAAAUAGUUGAUAAUGUCAUUUAAUUAGCUGUGAAAUUCUAACUUCUGUUGUACUUUGUAUAUCGAAAGGAUAGUAAAGCAAGUAAUGUAAAAGGAAGUCAAUGGGGAAGAAGAUGGCAAGUGAGACAAACUACAAGAAGGGGUUGUUUUAAAUCAAAGUUCUAGUUCAGGCAGAGGGCAGCCUCUACUCCCUAUGGACAGUGAAAUGCACAGAUAUUAAGGGUAGAGUUCAAUCUAUUGUGACAAAUGCACGCACCCAUAUAACUCACAUCCUGAUCAAGAUAAUGGUACAUUUCCUUGCUCCCAGAAAGUUUUCUCAGGCUUCUUACUAGUCAGUGUUCUGCCCUCUCCCACUGCCACCAGAAGCAAGUAGUCAUUUGGCUUCUAUCAUUUGGGUUUUCCAUUAUACUUUUCUUUAAUGUGUGGGUUUUUAUACAAAAAAAGGUUAUUUUUAAUUCAAAAAAGUAUGCAUUUUUUAAAUGAAAAGACAAUCAGGAAAUUUUUUAGAGCCUGAAAGAGGAAGUCAACUGCUCCCAGGUCACACAGUAUGAGCCAUCACUUGUACACACGAAUAUAUCGUAUUCAUCUGCAACCACAGAGCUCAUAUUGUUUUAUCUUCUGCUUUUUGCGAGUUUAACAAAGAUUCUUCCACAUUUCAACAGGUGCUAUACCAUAAUUUACUAUGAUUCUAUAAUGUAAUGGUUUUAUUUUUAAGUUAACCCAGUUUGGAGUUAUCACAUUAUUUUGCAAAAAUUUCCUUCAUGCAUGUAUCUGAUUGUGCCGGAUACUUUUUCUAGGAGAGGGAUUAGUAAGUCAAAGAAUAUGGAAAACCCGAUGUAUAUUUCUGUAUUGCUUUCCUGAGCGUUGUUAGUGAUGAGGGACCAGCAGUAUACCUGUGAAGGGCAAUGUACAAACACAGGUUCUAUACUGAUGCUAACAGCUACUGUAUGUUUUAUGUGUGCCAAGCUCAUUGACUCUCUACCAGACGAUUUACAUGCCGUGUUGCCAUAUUUAAUGUAAUUUCACACAACAACCCUAUUAGGUAGAUACUAUUAUUAUCUCCAGUUUAUAAAAGAAGAAAGAGUGUAGAGUAACUUGUGCAAAGCCCCAAAGUGGUAGAGAAUGAAGAAAGGUCAUUUGCUAAACCUUUACUCUAUGUUGUCCCCUUGGCCACACCUGGCUAUUAGAAACAUGUCUGUUUCUCAUAAAAUCUCUAAAAGUGCACCAUUAGAGAUUAUUUUUUGCCGGUUCUUGAAUUUCAUAUAAAUGGAGUCAUACAUUAUGUGUUCUUUCUGUUUGCCUUUUUAAACUCAGCGUAGUGUUUCUGAAAUUCAUCCAUA